CCCAGAGAUGAAAUUUCCAAUAGAAAACCCGAGAAAACAAGUUAACUGGGACCCAGAACAAGUGGCAGUCCAGACCAACUUGGUCCCUCCCAAAAAGGUCCAGCCCGGCAUGGUGAAGUCAACCCUAGUGCAGGCAAGUGUUGCCACCAUGCAAAAUCCAAUGGGCUACGACCCGAAAGCCAGUGGUCACUGUCCACUACCACGUCUGUCCAUCUCGUCCCGCUCUGCCAGUGUCGUGGCUAGCAUGGACACUGGCUCUGAUGGCUCAACAGCAGGGCUCCACUCAGUGAUGAAGUGGAAGACAGUGCUGGCCGUGUUCAUUGUGGUUGUUCUCUACCUGGUUUGUGGAGGACUGGCCUUCAGGGCUCUGGAGCAGCCAUUUGAGAGCAACCAGAAAACUAGCAUCGCCCUAGAGAAGGCCUCUUUCUUGGAAAGACACCCGUGUGUUACUCCCAAUGAGCUGGAUGCCAUCAUUAAGCAUGCUAUAGAUUCUGUAAGUGGAGGAGUGAGGCCUACUGGAGACACGUUGUAUAAUUCCAGUCACUGGGAUCUGGGAAGUGCCUUCUUCUUCGCUGGAACUGUCAUCACAACUAUAGGUUACGGAAACAUAGCUCCGAGCACGGAAGGCGGGAAAAUCUUUUGCAUCCUUUAUGCCAUAUUUGGCAUCCCUCUCUUUGGCUUCUUGUUGGCGGGGAUCGGAGACCAGCUGGGGACCAUCUUUGUAAAAAGCGUCUUAAGAGUUGAGAAGAUAUUCAGGCAAAAGCACAAGCAGAUUAGCCAGACAAAAAUAAGGGUGACGUCCGUUAUCCUGUUCAUCCUGGCUGGCUGCAUUGUCUUUGUCACCAUCCCUGCUGUUAUAUUCAAGCACAUUGAGGGCUGGACCACACUGGAUGCCAUCUACUUUGUUGUGAUCACUCUUACAACAGUGGGAAUAGGAGACUAUGUGGCAGGUGGAAACCGUAAGAUUGACUACAUGAAGUGGUACAAGCCUCUGGUGUGGUUUUGGAUCCUUGUGGGUUUAGCAUACUUUGCAGCUGUCCUCAGCAUGAUUGGAGACUGGCUUCGAGUACUGUCCAAAAAGACUAAAGAGGAGGUUGGGGAGUUUAAAGCUCAUGCUGCUGAAUGGAAGGCAAACGUCCGAGCAGAGUUUCGUGAGACUCGGCGGCGUCUGAGUGUUGAGAUCCAUGACAAGCUCCAGCGGGCCGCCACCAUCCGCAGCAUGGAGCGUCGUCAGCUUGGCUUGGAGCAGCGAGCUCACUCGCUUGACAUGCUGUCACCAGAGAAACGGGCGAUGUUCGCCAGUCUGGAUGCGAGCCGUUUCAAGACAUCCUCCCAAGAAAGCAUCGACAGCAAACUGAACAAUCUGAGGCUGAAGGGGGCCUGUGAGCCGUAUGACCAUCAGGGGAAUGAGCAAACGCAAGAGACUGCAUCUUCCUCAGAGGAAAAUCUCUUCAACCUACGAUUCGGAUCUCUCAGCAAGCUGGCCAGGCGCAACAAGAACCGCGAACUGCGGAGGAACAUACCUGAAGAUGUUCGGCGGGCCAGUUUAGGCAUAAACAAUGGCAGUGCCAUGCUCGGGGAGGAGAGAACGGAGGAGGAAGAAGAAGAAGACGGGGAGCCAGAUGAGGAAAACAGAGAAAGAAAAGAGGGAAACACCAGUCUGACAAACCUCUCACAGUACACAAUGGAGCGCUCUAAGUUGAAUGGGUUCACACCGGCACUGGCCAAAGACAGUGAGAAUGAUUAAGUAUUGAAUGGACAAACACUUCAUCCACAGACAAGGAGUGCUGAGAUGGAAAGAGUGAAAGAUACUCAGACCGAGAGAGUGCACAGUCCUUUGAGAUGUCAAGAAAUGUGCCUUUCUGUUUCCUGUGCUUAGAUUGGAACUGCUCCCAGGAAGUCAGUCAUUGUGCCAUAGCUAUGGGAAGAAAAUGCGUUGCCAAAAAUGAAUAAAACUAAAGGUGCAGAAGCGCAUGUAGAAAUACCUCAUUGAGAUGUCGCUGUAAAAUAGGCUACUUAAGAACUUUAAUUUCUACAGGAGCAGUCUUGCACAGCUCUGCUGUCUUUUUAGCCCUCAAGGCUCCUAUGAGACACUUGGGGACUGACCAUCUGUUCAUGCUGAAUCUUAUUUUUUGUUAUCAAUGUGGGCAGGACAGCUUGAGAGCUAGAUUCAUGCCAUUCAUUCUCAGUAAUGUUAUUGAUCUAUGCUUUGUCAUCUCAUACUCUGUAGGUGUAUUUUUAGCCCAGCAGCAUGCCACAAAGUGACUUCAACAUUUACCGAAUAGAGGGGAGAGGUUUUGUUUUUGCUGGAUCAACAGGCAGUAUUUACCUAGAUGACAUAUAUAGAACUAUAGCUACAUUAUAUUUGGCUUGGAAAAUGUGGCCUGAUGUUAAAAACUACAAUAUGCUGAGAGCUUGAAAAAACAAUUUGCAGCGCAUGGUAAAGAAAAUAGAACCGUAAUCGUUCAUUGCUGGCAUAAAUAAACUGUAAAGCUUGGACCUGCAGCUUUCAUGAUGAGUGAAAUAUACUUCUUUCAUUAAUAAUUUUUCUCUCAACAGAAAAACAAGUGUCUCAUUUUCGCAGACCGUCAGUAAUGUUAAACACAAAUACAUUUUUUAUGACAUUCACGCGAUCACAAACAUGUUGAGAGUGCUUAAAUCAUUUUAAUUGAUGAAUGUGAUGCUGUUCAUUUGUAUUCACCGAGCAUGUUUACAUAUAUGUUUACUCUUUUCUAUCAGCUGAGUUGUAUUUUUCAUUGAACUGUAAAAUAUACUGAACAUGGUCCUUUUUUUGUAUAUCUUUUUUUUAAAAACCGCAACAUAGCAACUCAAAGCAUCUUGACACUGCAGCAUGUGAGGAGUGGGGUUUGUGUAUUUCUUAGAGGUUUUAGACCAUUUUAACUUAAUUUUUAAAAAAAA